AUGGCAAGUGGCUCAAAAAAACGAAUUAUGGUAGAAACCAAAAAUUUAUCAAAGGAUCCACCUCCUGGAAUUAGUGCAACACCUGAUGAAGCGAACUGCAGAUAUUUUCAUGUGGUUAUGGCUGGUCCAUCUGGUUCUCCAUAUGAAGGUGGGUUGUUUAAACUAGAGCUAUUUUUACCAGAGAAUUAUCCAAUGUCCCCACCCAAUGUAAGGUUUUUGACAAAAAUUUAUCAUCCGAACAUUGACAAAUUGGGAAGGAUAUGUUUAGAUAUUCUUAAGGACCAAUGGUCUCCUGCGUUACAAGUCAGAACAGUAUUGUUAUCAAUUCAAGCUUUACUGAGUAGCCCCAAUCCUGAUGAUCCACUCGCAAAUGAUGUAGCCAACAUGUGGAAAAGUAGAGAACAAGAUGCAGUGCUUAAAGCAAAGGAAUGGACAAGGCUGUAUGCUAUGGAAUAA